AUGGAGGACAAGGAGAACGCUCCCUUUCCAAGGAGAACGCUCGGUGCGGAGUUCGUCUACAAAUUCCCCUGGAUAGACAGAGACACUGAGCACUUCACAUUGAAUGGGCCCGGUGGGUCACCAUCAGGCAUAAUCAAGGCCCUCAACGGCUUCUUCAACAAGGUCACUGAGGCACUCCGGCUGAACGAGGUCCGGGUUUACUUGUCUCAAGCAGAGGAGAAGGCGCGCCAGAGGCGGAAGAAGAGGACGAACAGACAGCACUGCCAAAGGGUCGUGAACCGCACCGAGACAUGGGCUGCAUGGAGUGGAGCGGCGUCGCAUCUUUGUGACGAAGCCAAGAAGACACCAGCGCCGACGUCCCGGAUGCUCGUCAACCUAGAUGACUUCAAGGAUUUUCAAGAGAAGCUGAGGGAAGAAAUGCACAGAGCUGGCAUGACUUCCAUGAGCAACAAAGAUUUGCAGGGGACCAGAGGUGAUGACCAAAAUGCCGUUGAAGGCAUCUCAGCUGAGCCCGCAUUGGGGCUAGCUGGCGAAGGGGAUGCUGCGGAAGAGGGUGCACGUGUCACGAAUGCGGAGGGGGCAGAGCGCUCCGACUUCCGCCAAAAUUCCUAUGUGCCAACGUCCCCCGUCUACAACAAGCGCAACUUCCAAGCGACACAUGAUGCUGACUUGAACGCCCCGCUGGAAAGGGGCAAAAAGCGCAAACAUGACGAAGCAAGGGGCAAAGCUGGUGCGGCGAGCGAGCCAUGUGGAGAAGGUCGCGAGCAGGUGGUCGAGAGUGAGACGGCGGGUGCAAGGGAGGAGUCGGACUCAGAAGCCUCGUCGCAACGAGCAGCGUCUUCUGGUGGGGACGACUGCGAAGAGGCUGACGACGAGACCUCUGAAGAGGACGAGGAAGAGACCAUGUCGGACCGGGAGAUGUUGGACAACCGCCUCCAGCAGGUUGACUCUGCCCAUGAUCAUCGUCGUGCGGACCAAGAAAGAGAGAUUGGUGCAGAUCGGAUGGGAGCCCCGCAGCUGGGCGGGUCUUAG